CUGGUGUGUGUUAUGACCCGCAGGUACUCCUCACAGACUAUUUGAGAUGUCUGCCCUCAGACGUCAAGAAUAGUUGUUGGACGAGGCCUACAUUGACCAACAUAUCUUUGCUACUUUCAGCAAGAAAGCCUUAGAUAUAGAGGCUAAGUUGUGACCCGUGCAUCAGGGCCAAUCAGAUGGUAGGAAAAAGAGACUUCCCCAAGACUGGAGGAAGAACGGUCAACUCAUGUUUGUCGACCACGAUGGUCAGGCAACUGAGAUUGACGACUUCCCAGACUUAGGGGAUGAGACAGAGCAGGAUGGGGUCAGCGAGACUUCGGAUGGGGGAGUCGUGGCACCUAUCAAGGAGAAGGCUAGGGGGACCGGGAAGCAGAAGGUGCCAUCAGAGAUUGCCAAGCACUUGCGGGGUCCCGUCUUGGCUUCCGCUCGCCCACCACGACCUCCCUCGGCCGGUGCGGGGCGGCAGCAAACAUCCAUGGCCUCUUUUGUCAUGGAUGAGCUCCAGAAAGAGUUUGACCAGGCGAUCGCCUCAUUCUUCUUCGAGAACGCCAUUGCAUUCAACGCUGCAAGAUCAGACUCCUAUAAGAACAUGGAGAGGACCAUGAACGAGGCGGCCAGGUCGCGGAAGAUGUUGAAACUGCCAGGGUACAACUUCUUGAGGACGAAGGCACUGCCCACGGAGUACAAAAUUGUGGAUACUGAUUUGGACACGAUCCGUGAGCCAUGGGAUGUCACAGGCCUCACUUUGAUGACGGACGGUACGACAACGACCAGCAAUAGGCCGGUCAUAAACUUCAUUGCGGCUGGGGAUUCGGGGGCUGUCAUGGUGAAGAGUGUUGAUAUGGAGGGGAAGGACAAGUCGGCUCCGGCUUUUGCGAGGAUGUGGGAGGAGGUCAUCAGGGAGUUGCGGGUGCACAGGGUCAAUGCCAUAUGCACCGACUCGGCACAGGUGAACAUUUCCGCAAGGAAAAUACUAGUUGAACACGACGACCCAGCGAUCAGGAGCAUUCCUUGGGUGCCAUGUGCAUGCCAUGUGUGUAACCUGCUGAUGUCCGACAUCGCUUCAGUGCCAUGGAUUGCAGAGGUGAUUCUGCAGGGCAGGGAGAUCACCACGUUCAUCAAGAGACAUCAGAGAGCAUUGGCGAUGUUCAGGAGGGCCGGGAGGGAGUACAAGACACAACUGGGCAUCACAGACGGUAGGCCGUUGGAGUUGAUCCAGCCAGGAGAAACUAGAUUCGGCACAAACUUCGUUAUGCUGCAGAGACUACGGGAGGUGGAGGCAGUGUUGUUGGCGACAGUAUCCAUCCGCGUUGGGAUGAUUCCCCGUGGGAUCGGACCGCUGCGUCAAGGGCGCGAGCAUGCAAGGAACUCAUACGAGACUCGGUGUCGGUGCGAAUACCCUUACAAGGGUAUCCGCCCUGGUUUUUGCAAGUAACAGAAAAUUGUUUAGUUUAAAAUUUAAGUA